AUGCUUUCUAUAUUACGAAAGGCACGGCUGAAGGACAAGGAGAUGAGGGCCCUGAUGCUAGGGCUUGACAAUGCUGGCAAAACAACCAUCGUCAAGAGGAUCAUGAAUGAAGAUGUCACCACCGUUAGUCCAACACUGGGCUUUAUCAUCAAAUCUAUUGACUUCCAAGGGUACAAGUUGAACAUAUGGGACGUUGGAGGGCAAAAGACAUUGAGAUCCUACUGGAGGAAUUACUUCGAAAAGACUGACGCUUUGAUCUGGGUGGUUGAUGCAACGGAUCGAAUCCGAAUCGAUGACUGUAGACAGGAACUUGCUGGGCUUCUUCAGGAGGAGCGACUUAUGGGCGCUAGCUUGCUCGUCUUUCUGAACAAGACCGAUGUUGAAGGGGGCAUGGACAAAGAUGAGAUUCGAGAGGCGCUCCAACUUGAUGCGAUCAAGACCCACAAGUGGACAAUAUUCCCAUGCAGUGCAAUGACUGGGCGAAACUUGAACGAGGGGCUCGAAUGGGUGGUGCAAGAUGCAAAGGACAGGCUUUUUCUUUACUGA